UCGCGGGCUAGGGUGUACCGGGAAGGUGCUCGCGGGCUGCAAGUCCGGAUAGCGGGUUGCUGGAGGUGACUGCAGUCUCCCCGCCCGGCCGGCGGCUGCGGGAUCGGGACCUGCCUUCGAGUCUCCUGUACCUGGGCGGUGCGUGCUGCCUCCCUGCUCGGUCCUUAGCCUGGGCGUCCCACCGGCAGAUCUGUGCGCGCCCCUGGUUCCUGGGCCCCGGGCCCAACUCUUUGGACCACCAUGUCAUUGGAGUUUGGCAGUGUAGCACUGCAGACACAAAAUGAAGAUGAAGAAUUUGACAAAGAAGACUAUGAAAGGGAAAAAGAGUUGCAGCAGCUUCUCACAGACCUCCCUCACGACAUGCUGGACGAUGAGCUCUCGUCUCCCGAGCGCCAGGAUUCUGACUGCAGUGUGGACAGCACAGCGGGAGAACUGCAUCCUUCUGGGCAUCUGGAAAGGAAGUGGAUUGAGCGUGAUCUACUGCCCAAGUCUCACGGCGUGAGUUGUGGCAAUGGCUGGGAAGAAAAUCGAAGUAAAACUGAAGACCCGCACCUUCGGUACCAUCCUGGAGAAGAUGGGGAUGAAGGCGGAAGUGGCUAUAGCCCUCCAGGUAAACAGGAGCAGGCAGAUUUGUAUCGCCUUCCUGAAGACUUUAGGCCGUACACCGGUGGUCAGAAGCAGGCAGCCAGCGUCAUUACGUUUUCAGAUCCUCAGAGGGACAAUUUUCAGCAAUUUGGUUUAUCUCAAGGACCCAACUGUCGCGCUUUGGAGCCAUAUAAAGCUGUAUAUAAACCUCCCCACGCUUCUGUGCAGAAGAGUGGUUCGCCAGCCCUGGAGAGGGCAGGAAGUGACACCUUUGAAGGCUUGCAACAACAAUUUUUAGGAGCUAAUGAAACAGACUCUGCAGAAAAUAUACAUAUUAUUCAACUCCAGGUUCUUAACAAAGCAAAGGAGAGACAACUGGACAGCUUAGUUGAAAAGCUGAAUGACAGCGAACGCCAGAUUCGGUAUCUGAACCACCAGCUGUUAAUAGUCCAAGAUGAGAAGGACGGCUUGGCCCUCAGCCUUCGGGAAUCCCAGACGCUCCUUCAGAACGGCAAGGAAAGGGAGAUGCAGCUCGAAGCACAGAUAAAAGCACUGGAGGCCCAGAUAGAAGCUUUCAGAGCCAGCGAGGAGAAGCUCACCAAGAAGCUCCGAACAACCGAGAUCACCAUGGAAAGCUUGAAACAGCAACUGGUGGCGCUCCACCACUCCGAGUCUCUUCAGCGAGCCAGAGAGAAUCAUGAGAACAUUGUCGCUGCCCUCACGCAGAAGUACGAAGAGCAGGUGUCAUCCUUACAGAAGAAUUUGGAUGCUACCAUAACGGCCCUUCAGGAACAGGAAAGUAUUUGCAUGCGUUUGAAGGAUCACGUGCAGCAACUGGAGCGGAACCAAGAAGCAGUCCGGUUAGAGAAGACGGAGCUCAUCAACAGGCUGACGAGGAGUCUGGAGGACAGUCAGAAGCAGUGUGCCCACCUGCUGCAGUCAGGCUCUGUGCAGGAGGUGGCUCAGCUCCAGCUCCAGUUGCAGCAAGCGCAGAAGGCUCACAUCCUAAGUGAGAGCAUGAAUAAGGCUUUGCAAGAGGAAUUAGCUGAGCUUAAAGAUGAGAUUUCUCUCUAUGAAUCUGCUGCCGAACUCGGAGUCCUUCCAGGUGACUCGGAAGGAGACCUGAGUAUAGAGCUCACUGAGUCAUGUGAGGACUUGGGCAUUCAAAAAGUCAAUUGGAAACAAGCCAAAGCUAUCAGGCUCACACAGCAAGAAUCCCCGGAUGAGGAGCCUUCGAAGGAUGAGCUUCUCCUGAAGCUGAAAACACAAGUUCAGCGCUUGCUGACGAGCAACUCUGUGAAGCGGCGUCUGGUGUCUCAGCUGCAGAGCGAUCUCAGAGAUCGCCAGGCGACAACAGAAGCUCUCCAGCAAUCGAAGGAUGGUGACAGAGGCAUGGAGACUAAAACAGAUACCUCUGAAAAAACUAAUCAGUUAUGGGUUGAUUCUUCUGAGGCAAUUAACAGAGAAGAUAUUCUGCAACUGAAAAAUGAAGUUCAAGUUUUACAACAACAGAAUCAGGAACUUAAAGAGGCUGAAGAAAAACUGAGAAGUACAAACCAAGACUUGUGUAAUCAGAUGAGACAGAUGGUGCAGGAGUUUGACCAUGAUAAGCAGGAAGCUGUGGAGAGGUGUGAGAGGACUUACCAGCAGCACCACGAAGCCAUGAAGGCCCAGAUCCGAGAGAGCCUUCUAGCAAAGCAUGCCGUGGAGAAGCAGCAUCUCCUUGAGAUCUACGAAGGGACCCAGUCACAGCUCAGAUCUGACCUCGAUAAGAUGAACAAGGAGAUGGCUUCUGUGCAGGAGUGUUACCUGGAAGUAUGCAGAGAGAAGGAUGAGCUGGAAUCCACUCUCAGGAAGACCAUGGAAAAGGCUCAGGAGGAGAAGAGACAGCUUCUGGAAGCCAGAGAAGAAUAUGUACGCAAACUGAAGUUAGAACUGGAAGAGAAGUGCCAAGAAACUCUGAGGAUGGCAAAGCAGAGCUGGCUGGAGGAACAAGUCACCAGAGCCAUGCAGCAGGCUGGGGAGGAGGUGAUGUUAGCCGGAGCACAGGCUGGGGAGGAGAGCAGAGAAAAACUCAUUCAACAGCUGGAAAAGGAGUGGCGGUCCAAACUGAAUCACAGUCUCACAGCUUGGAGAAAGGCAACCUCAGACCGCGGCAGCCAGACGGACCAGGCAGUCUGUCCUGCUGCCGUGUCUAAGGCAGAGGAGCAGGCUCGCCAAGUCCAGCAGGAGAAGGAGCUUGUUGUCAAGGAGGCUCUGAAGAAGCUUGAAGUUGAGUUGGAGCUCAAGUACUGUGAGAGUAUUGCACAAAAGGUGGAAACAGCUGUGCAGAAUGCCCGCAGUCGCUGGAUACAGGAGCUACCCAUGCUUGCAGAGUACAAGGCUCUGCUUAGAGCCCAGCAGCAGGAGUGGGCGAAGCAGCAGGAGCUGACCGUGGCCCACAGGCUGUCGCUUGCACUCUCUGAAGCUAAAGAGAAGUGGAAAGGUGAGCUUGAAAAUAUGAAGCCAAGUGCAAUGUCUGUCAAGGAACUGGAGGAGAAAGUCCACUCUCUGCAGAAGGAGCUCGAGUUGAAGGACGAGGAAGUCCCAGUGGUUGUGAGGGCUGAGCUGGCGAAGGCCAGAACUGAGUGGAACAAAGAAAAGCAGGAAGAAAUCCACAAGAUUCAAGAACAAAAUGAGGAAGAUUAUCGGCAGUUUUUAGAGGACCAUCGAAAUAAAAUCAAUGAGGUGCUUGCAGCAGCUAAAGAGGACUUUGUGAAGCAGAAAACUGAACUUCUUCUUCAGAAGGAGACAGAAUUCCAGGCAUGUUUGGACCAGAGUCGCAAGGAGUGGACACUGCAAGAAGUCCAGCGGACACAACAGGAAGUCCGUCAGUAUGAGGAAGACAUCCUCACUGUGCUUGGCUUUCUUCUGAGGGACACCCAGCUGGGCUAUGGUGGCGAUUCACAAGACAAGCAGCUCUUGGAAGUCGUGUCAGUUUGUUCUUCGAAAUGGAUAUCUGUGCAGUAUUUUGAGAAAGUAAAAGCCUGCAUACAGAACGCUCUUCAAGAUAUGCUGUCCUUGCUUACAGACAGUGUCGCCUCAGAGUGGGAGAAGAGGAACGUGGUCAAGAGCUCUGCAGAUGCUGUCAGCUGGAACACUGGCCAAGGAGACUCUGGGGUCCCAGCGCCUCUUCCUGUCUCCACCUCUGGACGCUGUGCUCAGUCCUCGGCCUUGCUGGAAGCAGAAGCGGAAACUGAUAAAAACAUCUGUGAAAUUAAAGAUUUAUGCUGUGGACGCUGCUUUCAAGAACUUGAAAAGGAAAAGCAGGAGUGUCAAGAUCUGAGAAGGAAACUGGAGAAGUGCCGUAGGCACCUUCAGCAUUUAGAAAGGGCGCACAAAGCCACAGUGGAGAAACUUGGAGAGGAGAACAGCAGGGUGGUUGAAGAGCUAAUAGAGGAGAACCAUGACAUGAAGAAUAAACUGGAGGCACUGAGGGCCCUUUGCAGAACACCGCCACGGUCACUGUCUGCAGGAGCUGCUGAGAAUGCUUGGCUGCCGUGCAGUGGGCAGGCCUUGGAAGAACUCCGCGGGCAGUACAUUAAAGCUGUGAAAAAAAUUAAACGCGACAUGCUCCGAUACAUUCAGGAGAGCAAGGAAAGAGCAGCAGAGAUGGUAAAGGCGGAAGUGUUGCGGGAGCGGCAGGAAACUGCCCGGAAGAUGCGCAAGUAUUAUCUGAGUUGCCUUCAGCAGAUCUUGCAGGAUAAUGGAAAGGAGGAGGGAGCUGAGAAAAAGAUUAUGAGUGCUGCUAGCAAACUCGCUACAAUGGCAGAGCUGCUGGGGACGAUCGCAGAGUCAGAGUGCAGAGUCAGGUGUGCCCAGGCAGGCCAUGCAGUAGCGCUUCCUUUGGCUUCAGAGAUGCUGAUGGGCAUUGAAAGAUCAGAAAGAAGUGAUGUGAAUCAAAAUGUUCCACAUUACAUUGAAAGCCAACCAAACAGUGGGAAGACUGUCCCCAGGACGGUGUGUGAGCAGUCGCCUGGGAGGAAGGCUGCGCCUAGUUCACACAGGCGGUUAGAGGACUCGAAGCACAGAGAGAUGAAACCCAUGGCUUCCACAGCUUCGCCUUCAGACUGUCAGUGUGGGGCUAGGAGCUGCAGGCCCUCAGACAUCUUGGCAAAGGAUGCUGCUCCGGAGUUUGUUCCACGCCAGGGCGAAGGAGGCUUGGGUUUGCACCGGAAGAAAGGUGCCACUGGAGCUGGCUCUGAGCAGCUGCUUCCUCCAACUGCUCACUCUUUCCUUGGAGGCGCCGAAAAGAAAUCUCCUCCAGUCGUCUUGGAGUCCAUGGACACAGCCCCGGGAGCUCCCAGUGAAAUGCUGAGGUUAAAGCCAUUCAUGUGUGGUUCUCUAAUAGAGACAGAGAGUAUUUCGUCUGAGAAGGGUGUGGACUUGCAGGACUCUCCUGUGAAGGAUGGGGUGGGGCCUGGUGGCUCUCCAGCCUGGCCUUCUCCUAGUACUCUACCCUGCAGCAGUCCUGCUGGGCUGCGUCUCGGUGAUAGGUCACCAAGGACUCAGGAGACGCUGGGGGACUCUGUUCAGUGGAAACAGUUCUCAGCAAACAGUUGUCUUCCAGAUGCCCAGAAAAGUAAUAUGGUUUGUCGGAGUAGUUACACUCUAGAUCUUCCCAAAGAAACCCCGCGUUCCCAGCAAGGGAAGAUGAGUGCAACUCUAAGACACUCAUCUCCACAGAGCACUGAUGUGUUAAAGACAGAUUUCAGGGAACUCAGACGUGCAGGACCAUCUUCACUGUGUCAGAAGCCUUUGAUAAAGUUAACUGUUCCAAUGAUUGGCCAACAAGACAGUGGCUUUGACAGCCCACUUAUCAAUCUAGAAAAAUGAUGUACUGUACUUCAGAAUAGUAAUUAAUUACUAUUUAGACAGGAAACUGGAUGGGAAUACCUCCUGAUAACAAACCAUUUUGAGGUCUGCAUGCCAGUUUUCAUGGAUUUGGUACCCUUGUACCUGAGUAAAGUAUUCUCAUGAAGUUACUCAUGAACUUCCGCUGCCUUGAUGUUGGAGGCCUAAGUGACGGGCCAUGUGGUCUGCUUCUGUGUGAUGCUUCGUUUGGUUCCGCAACCCUCUACUUUUAUAUUUAUAUGCUGACUUAUUUGCAUUGUUAAAAUACUUAAUAAAAUUGUGCAUAAUCUGAA